AUGGACCCUAAUUGUUUUGAUCAACCUAAGAAUGAAUUGAUUGGGAAUUUUAGCAAUUCUUCUAGAAAUUUCAAGUUGACGUCAAAGGAAAUAAGUAAUUUUGCCGGCAAUCAGGCAGCGGGAGGUGUGAUGGUUAAGGACAUGUCAUCGCCAGGGCUACUUCAUAGUUGGAGCAGCUCGGGAGUUUUGGAUGAAGUGUCUCCGUUUUUGCACCAGGUUUCUAUUGAUGUCUUUGGGUACUUGAAUGUGCCAUCUACGAUUUGUGGUUCCAAUCUCUCAAAAUGGUUGAAUAAUCUGUCAAAUUCUAACAAAUUGGUACAUUCUUCUCCGAAGUUAGGAAGUAAUUCAGUAAAAGGUGGAGUUGUAGAACAGAAACUCAAUGCUAAUACAAGUAACUGUAGCUAUUUGUUGAAAAGGAAAAAGGGUAGUGAAGAGUCGAAUAAUGUAAGCAAACACCAAAAAUCUGCUAUAUUUUCCUUGAGUGACAAUGUUAAUAGUGAUGAGGAUGAAAAGAGGACGACUAGAUUAAUUGGGAAUAAGGAAAGUGCUCACUUGUCAAGGAAAAGAAAAAAAGCAUUAUCUUGA